AGGCGCAAGAUCUGAGGAGUUGCAGGCAUCGUAUGACACUGCUUCGUGACCAGUACACGAAUCCCAACCCCACCCACACGGCACCAGUCAUGAAGUCUCCCAAGAACAGCGCCUCGCGCGAUUCCAUGAGGGAGGUCAGCAGUGCACCCGCACACCCAACACACAGAAGGGCAGAUCUGACAGGUCACAGGGCAGGCAGCUGCCCUGCCACAGCGCAGCAUUGGUUCUAUCUGUUGUUUGUUCGUGUGGUGUUGUGUGUGGUCCCUGCAGCGACAUCGAGAGAGGACCGGCUCGUUCGGCAACAAGGUGGCUGACACGAACCGCAAGUCGACGGCCAAGGAGAGGGCGAAAGAGAACAUCGUCACCAAAGCUGACCGGUGAGUGGAUACAGCGAAUACACAACGCUCUGAAGGAAAGGUGCUGUGUAUGUGUGUGGUGUGUGGUGUGCGGCGUGUGCAGUCAGGCGUUCGGUUCGAUUGGCCCCUACAUGCUGCUGCUUCUGCUGCUGGCCAUCAUAGGUGCGACACUCACCCACUCAACCAACCAGACAUGAGCAGACCCUCACCGGUGUGUGGUCUUCUCCUGUCCCUCUGUGUGUGUCAAUCUCAAUCAGGUGGGUCCAUCUACUUCUUCAUGUCCUACUACAGCGGCGAGCUCUUCCAGCCGCCAAAGUUCGCCACCAACGAGGACAUCCCCCCGAUGGGCCAUGUGCCUGUCAUCGAGAAGGUCGAGGUGGCCGAAAAGGACCCCCUGCACGCAGCGGACGAGGGAGCCGGCCAGGAGGCCAGCAGCGAGAUGUAGACGGCAUGGCGGGUUCGAUGGAUGGUCGGUAAUUCAUGAGCGCGUUGCGUGUGUUUGUUGAAGUGAGUGGGGGCGGCCUGUGGCAAUCCGCCUCCUUUUUUCGAGUGUGGCGUCUUUUUCCUGCCGUGCGGUGCGGUCCGGUGCGGAGGGUGGAUGUGUCGUGUAGGUAAUCGAGAGGCGGGUCUCUGUCGUUCAGUUCAGACAACUGAAACCUUCCUCCCGGCUACCUGACACACUCAUCCACCCGCCCCGCCCCGCCAGUCUGUCUCGGUCUUUUUCUCUCGUUUCUGCCGUCGCGUGUAUGUAAUUUGCGGCUCAAGCUAGCUUGUCAUCUGUGUGGACCGUAGCUGAGCGUGUGUACGAGAGUGCUGUGUGGGUGAGGGUGUGUAUGGGUGUGGGUGUGGCUAUGUAAGACCGCCUGCAGGCCAAUGCGGCCUGGCGUCGGUGGGUGAGAUGCUGCCGGCCUGUCUGUCUGGAUGACCGUGUGUGUGACCUUCUGUGUGUGCCGUCUCUACUGAGAAGUGAGAACACUCGUCUCUACCGUAUCAGUGCCGUGGACAGACCGAUGGACCACUGUAAGCUCUUGCGUUAAUUGUCCACCAG